UGUACGAUUAUGUGUUAAAAUUAUUAAACAAUAUGAAUGCAACAAUAACAACAGCUACAGCAAUAUUAAGCAAUAAUGCAGAGACAACACCAACAUCUCCAGAGUUCUCUAAUAGUUCCACGAUAUUGCCACCGACUAAAUAUGCUCAACUGAAUUCAUUCAAUUCCAGCGUUAAGACUUUCUUCAAUAAGACGAUAGCAAAAGUAGCUACGACUAAUCUGAGCGAUUACACGGCGCAAUAUUCCUUACCGCCUUUAAUUUCCAGCGAUGGCGCUGCAGCAACGGCAGCAGAUGUGGCAGCCACUUUAAUGCCACCGACGCGUCAUAUUGCGUCGAGCACCUUUCCCACUCAAACUGUGGCCACAUUCAUUGCAGGAAAUAAAAAUCGUGCUACAACGAUCAUAGUGUAUCCUACAGUUUCACCAGAGUCCAUUGUGAUACCAAUAGUUUCCUGUAUAUUUGGUUUUCCAAUUUUGGCAUUAAUUGUCAUUUGCUGCCUGCGAAGACGCGCUAAAUUGGCACGUGAACGAGAUAGACGUCGGAACUAUGACAUGCAGGACCAUGCAGUCAGCCUGGUCAGAUUUAGUCCAAUACAUAGGCUUAAUUACCGAUCGUCGCGAGCUAUCAGUUUACGUCCUGAACGAAGUAUGAGCCAAGGUUUCACCUCACUCGAACUAGACACAGUUAUGGAGGAACGUUGUAGUGAUAUAGAACAAACACAAACCGAAAUAAUAAAUGCCGAAUCACCAAUGGAAUCCAUAUCUUACAAAGCUUCAUUCUCAAGCUAACACUUGGCUCAAAAUCUACAAAAA